AUGAGCGCUGAAGAUAAAGAAAAGCAAGAUUUGUUUGGAUUGGAAGAAGAAGAAAGUGAUGUCGACUCGACCGCUGAACAAGACGAAGUAGAAGAUAGUCGUUUUAGUUCGCAUCGAUUACGAUCACAAGCAUUUGGCAGUGGUGGCGAAAGCGAUUCGGACCUUGAUGAUGAUUCCGACGCAGAUCUUGAGCACGAGAACAUGGGUGAAUCGGGCGAAGAGUCCUCGGACGACGAAGGAACCGAGGAAAAAGCGGAUGACGAUGCAUCAAAGACUAACGAUGGACAUGCUGACGAGACACAACCGGGAACGGCAUCCAAAGAUAAAUCACGUAAAAAGAAAAAGGUCAAAAAACUGACCGCCGAAGAACUUGAAAAGUUUGAAGAGGAACAAAAGAAAACUGGUGUUUGUUAUUUGUCUCGCAUUCCUCCGUUUAUGACCCCACACAAGCUACGUUCACUUCUCAGUCACUAUGCGGAAAUCGGCCGCAUGUAUCUUGCUCCUGAAGAUCCUAAAAUUACAGCUCGGCGAAAGAAGUAUACAAAGAAUCGUAGUGUGAAUUAUACGGAAGGUUGGGUAGAAUUCAAGGACAAGAAGCGAGCCAAGGCACUGGCUUUAUUUUUGAAUAUGAAGCAAAUCGGUGGACGUCGCAAAGAUCGUUUUUACCAUGAAAUGUGGAACAUUAAAUAUUUACCAAAGUUCAAAUGGAAUCACUUGAAUGAACAGAUGGCCUAUGAGAGAAUGGCUCGUCAACAGCGACUCCAAGCCGAAAUUGCGCAAUCGAACCGCGAGAACAAGACAUAUAUCCAGAAUGUGGAACGGGCAAAGAUGAUCAAUCGAUUAGAAGAAAAGAAGCGAAAGCGUGGUGAAGAGGAGAAGGAACUUCGACGAACAUUCAAGCAGCGUGCCUUUGUGGAGCGUGAGGUUGAUGCCGAUGCUUUAAAGCAACGUGGCAAUGCCGGUAAAGAAGCCAUGAAUCGUGUGGAUGCUGGUGUGAAGAACGUUCUCGGUCAAGUGUUUGGUAAAUAG